AUGGCUACAACACGACUUUCAUGCUUCGUGCUCAUGGUGAUGAGUUUCACGGUUCUAAUGGGAUGUUGUUGCUCUGCAAAAAUCUACAAAGUCGGAGACUCCGAGGGAUGGACCAGGAAGGACGACACUUAUUAUGGUUGGGCUGAGCAUAAGCAGUUUCACGUGGGCGAUUCUCUGAUCUUCAAAUAUGAUCGUAACUUCAACGAUGUCACUCAAGUCUCGAGUGCUUUGGAAUACGAAUUUUGCAACUCUUCUUCUCCUAAGGCUGUCUACAACACAGGACACGAUGUCGUGACUCUCACGGAACCAGGCUCUCACUACUUCAUCAGCUCAAAUCAUACUCAAUGCGUAGAGGGACAGAAAAUCCACGUUCUUGUCGUCCGUGGCUGGUCUCGUCCGGUUCCUCAAUCACUACCGAGAAAUAUCCUUCCUCUAGGAAAAACCUACAGGGUCGGUGAAUCCAAUGAAUGGAGUGUUCCUCAAGAAAGUGACUUCUAUUACAAGUGGAGUGAGGAGAAACAGUUUCAUGUGGGGGACAAUCUUCUUUUCAACUACGACGACCAAGUCAACGACGUCUUAGAAGUCAGCAGUGAUCUUGAGUUCAAAUCUUGCGACUCUUCUGCUCCUGUUGCUACGCACAAUACGGGACAAGAUCUCAUUAAGCUCACAAAACCAGGAAUCCAAUAUUUCAUAAGCUCAAAGACUGGUCAAUGUGAGGCUGGGCUUAAGCUUCGAGUGGUGGUGCAACCACUAUUCAGAGCUGUUCCGAGGAGGAUGAAGUUGUCACCUUUGGACCGCCUCAUCAAGUGGUUACAUAGAUUUGGACCCCGAAUCCAUCACUAA